AUGUCUUCCUCCUCCAUCCUCCCUUCCCGACCCGUAAUUCCACAAAUAAUUACCACCUGCUCAUCAUGUUACUCUCACGUUGACUUUGCCAUACCAAUGAAUCCCAUACCACAACAAGGCACUUUACUCCGGAUCCGAUGCUGGAAAUGCGAGAAGGUUAAUGAACAUAUGUUUUAUGCUGCACAGAUUUCGAGUCAUUACCCGAAGGAUUUAUUUGGGAACCCUGAUCAUCCCGCAGUUGCUGGCAAUGCAGCUGCUUCAUCAUCAUCAUCAACGACGAAUCGCAACUCGAAUCCGCAUUUUUCAACGUCUGGUGGUGCUCGGAAAGGCGGGAGAAGAAUCGGAACACAAGAACGACCUUUAGAGACUGUGUAUUAUGAUACGUUGGGUGUACCAGUCACAGCUACAACGGAUGAAAUCAAAAAAGCUUAUCGACGCCUGGCAAUAAAACACCACCCGGACAAAAACCCCUCCGACCCACUCGCCGCGGACCGAUUCAAAUCCAUCGCGAUCGCGUACCAAACCCUCUCCGACCCCGCCCUCCGCGCGAAAUACAACGAAUUCGGAGCUAGGGAAAGCGCUCCGGAGGGCGGGUUCGUCGAUCCGGAAGAAGUCUUCUCAGCGAUAUUCGGGGGGGAGAGGUUUGUGGGGGUCAUUGGGCAUAUCAGUCUGGCGAAGGAUAUGAAGGCGGCGUUGCAGGAGGCGGAGGAGGAGGCGGAGGAAGGUAAGGAUGGAAGUGAUGGGGCGGCGAGGAUACGGGAUGGGAAAGGAGAGAGAUUGGUGCUUAGUGAGGAAGAGAAAGCGAAAAAGGAGGAAAAGAAUCGGAAGAAGGCUGCUGAGAGAGCAGCCGCACGUGCAGAACGAGUGGACAAACUGGUUGCAAACCUCGAACGCAAGCUCGGGAUAUUCACAGAAAGCGCAACUGGUAUAAACGAUGUAGAUGUCACCAGAAGUUGGAGAACAAUAUGUGAACUCGAAGCAGAAGAACUCUCACACGAAUCCUACGGACCCGAACUCUUACAAGCAAUCGGAUUCGUAUACGUCUCCAAAGCCAAACAAUUCCUCGCCACAAACCAAACUUUCCUCGGCGUCGGCGGGUGGCUACACAACGUUCAAGGGAAAUAUCAUGUUUUUAGUGAAACAGUAUCAACCCUCCGCUCUGCCCUCGAACUCAAAUCUGUCUUCGACCAAAUCCAGGCCGCCGAAAAAGCCGGCAAUCUCUCUCCCGAAGAACGUCAAAAGCUCGAAGAACAAGCUGCUGAAAAAGGGCUACAAGCAUUAUUCAAGGGCGCUAAAUUAGAGAUUGAUUCGGUGUUGAGGGAGGUUUGUGAUAGAAUAUUGUUGUUGGAGGCGGAGGAUCCGAGUAGUAGUAGUGUUGGGAGGGAAAAGGCGGUGUUGAGGGCUGCGGCGUUGCAGAUUUUGGGUGAGGCGUAUGUGGGUGUUGGGACAAGGAAAGGUGGGUCGUUCGAUGAUAGCGAGUAUGUCAGAGUCGAUACGAAGAGUAGUCGAGCGAGAGCUACAUAA